AUAGUCCCAGAGGAUAUGGUUAGUUACACACUAUCAUUGGCCAUGUUCUUCGAUAAUGACUUACCCCUGAGCAUCAAAAUUAAGCCCGAACCCAAAAGCCCAGGAUACCACAAGCCAUGUGCGCACAUGAAAUCUCCAGCGGCCAGCACAAGCCACCGCCAUUUCAAUUUUGACAAAUUUGAGCAGAAGUUUGCGUACGGGGAACAGGUUGUGGUGGACAACCCUUUUGGUAAAUUGGAUGGACUCUCUGUGAUCAUCCCAGCACCAUCUCCAUCCAGCACAGAUGAUCAUCCUAGUCCACCAGGGAGUGCCUGUUCAGAUGCAGUAGCACCACAAAGCUCUCCUGUUCCACAGGGCAACACAUCAUCCGCAAAGAGCAGCACCAGCAAUGAAAAGGGUUCCAACAAGAAUAACCCAUCGGGCAUGGUGGACAUGGCCCCAAGUGCCAUGACGCCCCCCUCCAUCGACCUCAACAUGAAUCGUAUCAUCAAGCAGGAGCAGCAGGGGUCCUCAAUGUGCAGCAACAGUGGUAGUUGCGACAAAUCAGACAACGCCAGCAACCGUGGUGGCAGCAGCAUCUCAUCGCCAACGACUCCUCAGGGGCCAUCCCUUUGUCAGAUGGUGACCUUCAAGGAGCCGUUAGUACCUGGUGGAGGCGGGUUUGGACCAAGCAGCAAUCCCUUCAGGGCACAUGGACCAGGCCCUGGUCCUGGGUUUUUUCUGGAUAAGAAUAGAUUCCAGAGGCAGACUUCUGAGCCAUGUUUUGGCAACCUGACCCAUUCAAUGGGAUCAGCAGGAAACUCUGGAGCUGAGUCUGGUGGUAGUAAUGGCAGUGGUGGUGGUGGAGGAGGAGGACCUCAUCCUUUCCAGCGUCAGAACUCUGAGCCAGUAUUCCUACCAUUCAAGAACCGAGGCAUGUUCAAUCAAACCCGCUUCAGGGAUACUAUUGUGAAACAGGAGCCAGUGGAUUAUGGCUAUGAAGCUGAGGUACCAAGAUCCUUUGGGAACGGAUUCCAACGUCAAGAGAUGUUUAUUCAACGCCAAUGCAAGGAAGAAGGAGGCCAAGUGGAAUGUGGAAGGGCAUUCUAUGAUGAUGCAAGUGUUCCAGAAAAGCCCCCAGAACAGCACAAUGAACCAAGACAUGAGGUGGUUCGAGAAGGACCUCUUUACCACAGACGUGGGUCUCUUCAACUUUGGCAGUUUCUUGUAACUCUCCUUGAAGACCAGUCCAAUGGCCACUUCAUCGCUUGGACCGGGCGCGGCCUGGAGUUUAAGCUCAUCGAUCCUGAAGAGGUUGCAAGACGAUGGGGUAUUCAGAAGAACCGGCCUGCCAUGAACUAUGACAAGCUCUCUCGUUCACUGCGCUACUACUACGAGAAGGGUAUCAUGCAGAAAGUUGCUGGAGAGCGUUACGUCUACAAGUUUGUUUGUGACCCUGAGGCUCUCUUCAUCAUGGCAUUUCCUGAUGGUCUCCACACCCAGCUCAGGGUUUCCUUACCCCCUCCUCAUGACCAAAGGCAACCACCACCCCCUCCUCAGAUGAGACCGAUCCACCCGAAAAAAGAACCAGGAGUCAUGACCCAUCCGCCUCCCCAGCCCCCCAGUAGGACGGGGAGCAGUGAAAACUGUGACGUCUUUGUUCCUGACCUCAGCCAUGCUAGUUCCUGCAUGACAAAGUCAUUCUCUGAGGGCUGUGUUUACUGAACACCUCAUUCCUUCUCUUCCCCAAGGUCAAUUCCUUUGGGGCAUGGAGGAUCGAUUCAAGAAAUUACUUUUUUUGUACACACAGAGAUUAUACGAAAAUUGCUUGUACUAUAGUUGAUUAUGAUGUACACAAGCUUGAUUUGUUAAAUGGCUUGCAUUGUGUGUUCACUCACUUCUGUUAUCACCAGUUUAAAAGUUAUCUUAUUUUUUUACAUUGAAUAAGAGAGAAGAUGAUAAGAAAGUGGUACGCUAUGGGAGUACUUUUGGCCUCACAUUGUUUGAAGUAUUGAUGGUACAUGAUGUUAAAGACACAAAUAUUUUCUAAACUAAUCUUAUGGGAGUCAACCAUCAAGAAGGCUCUGCAAUGUUUUCCACAAUGAUCAUCAAAUUUGUUGCCAUUCAGUCAUUGAUAUGAUGAUGAAAUAUGAUUGUAUCACUAUUGAAACUCAAAUAUUCAAUUAAAAGAAUUAUUUUUUCUGUCAACUAAAUACUAUUAACAACACAAACUGCCAAAUUGCAAAGCAAGAAUUUGUUCCUAGAUUAAACAGCCAUUGACACCAAGCAUUUAACACUAUUAUGCUUGGAGUAUUCCUUUUGAUGCGUGGUGCCAUAUUUCAUUACAUUUCAAUCAGAAUCCGAUCAGGCUGUGUAUGUCAGCGCAUUGUUUAUGCAAUUUCUUUGGAAAGAUUUUCUCAAAUAUCAUAGCAGGAAGUUCUCAUUGGGCUCCAAUAUAGUACAAGUAAGUUUUAGAGCAGUCUUUAGUCUUUAAGAAUAAGCUUCAGUAAUAGAUGAGUUGGUGCUUCGGAUACUGAGAACGACUUGAUGUACUGAUAUUUAAGUAUGAAUUUCAGUGACAUGUUAGGGGGAGUGAAAUUGGCUGAGAAAUUGCUCUAAAAACUCCCAAAAAAGCAUUGAAUUUGGUAUGACAUCUCGAAAAAUAUAUCACUCUUGAGUAAAAUCAAUUUGAAAUUGUUAAUUUGCCAUAAAUACAAAGUGCAGUGCACAUCUUUGCAAGGAGCUGCAGGUAUGAAAGUGUGGCUCAGACAUUGACUAAUCAAUAGAAUUUAAUUUAAUCAAAAGUCGAAAGAAAAAGCAAGUGGAUCGUCAGAUGAUCACUCCCAUUAAUGUUUUCAUGGAGUAUUAGUCAUGUAAUCCAUCAAUUUGAUGCCCUUCGCUCUCAAUACUGAGCCGGAGUUUAAAACCUUUGAGCUUGUAUUAUAGUAUUUUUUAAGAACCCUUAAUGUUUUGUCUGUUGAAGAAAUAGCUAUUACAGUGAAGUCUUUGAAUCUUGCAGCUGCUUAGAAAGUCACUUUGUGUAGAAUGGAUUCAUGCUAGUUGGUUAUACCUCUUGGAAGAUAAAAAAAAUGUGCUUACUAAAAAAAAUUAUGUCAUGAUUGUUUGAUUUUUUUGGGGUCUGAUGUGAAAUUGUUGUGUAACAUCGAUGCCUAAAUUUUGGUAUCACAGUAUUGAUCACUGAUGUUCUGUACACCAUGCGAGCAUCAUAUAACACUUAAGUGUAUGUGUAUAUCUUGUGCAUGAAUUGAUAACACUUUACACCAUGGAUUUUACACCAUGCAAGUAUCAUGCAUUAUCAGAAUGUAUAUUAUGUGCAUGUUUUAAUAACACUUUAAACCAUGGUCUUUACACCACGCAAAAUUCAUGUAAUAUUAAGAUGUAUAUCUCGUGCAUGAUUUGAUAAUACUUAUUUGUAAGGGUUAUGAAAAAUGUAUAAUAGCCUUAUCUUUUACUGUUUUUAGGAGGCUUUUUCACUCAUAUGAGUAGUACUAUAUUAUCUCUCAGUACAGAUAACUUUCAGUUCUACAUUGGCGACAAUGACAUCAGUACAUCAGGCUUACUCUAUGAAUAAGGGAAAGUCUAUUAUUUUUUACCAGUACAACGUAGACCUUAUCAAAGAUUGGUAAUUUUGUAUUUUUUUAAGAGAACAAAGUAUAUUUCAUACCGAUAUUUGUCACAUUUUAUCAGAGAUAAUUGUAUGUCAGGAAAGUAUCUGAGUUUUUGCAUGAUUUGUGAAUAUAUUCAACUGAAUUUCAGAUUUAUUGUGAGAUGUCAUAAAUGUGUUUCAGUGUUUCUAUAACAUAAAUAUCAGGUAUUGGCAUGUUGACUGCAGUAUCAUUAUGUUGUGUAAAAAUUUACAAAUGAAAUUCGUUCCCCCUGUUUUGAAACCAUUACUCUGUAAAAUAUUUGCUUAUUGAAUAUUCUGCCUUCUGUUUCUAAUAAUUUACAGUUUCCCCAUAGAUCUGUAUUUUUGGGUCAGUUUUGAACAGAGAGAAAACAAUCUUGAGUAAUUAUAUACAGUAGAAUUCAAAUUGUGCUUGCAAGAUAAAGAGGCAGGUCAGUACCAGAAAAGGAAAGGGAUCGUAAUAAAUUGGAAAUAUUGGUUAAUAUGGUGUUUUUAAAGUUACUAAUUUUCUUUUCAAAUCUUUUGAAUUUUGGUUACUUAUAAUACAAAAUCAGACCUAAGUUUUUAAAAGAUAAUUAAUUUUACGUUCAAAUGUUGGAUGGAUAAUAUUAUUCAUAUUUUAAAACAUUAAUUAAAAAUGUGUCAAAGAAUGUCCUAAGAAGCUGUAUUUUAGCAUCAUUAGUUGUACAGAGCAAGAGACUCUGUUCAUGUUCCCCACUGCCGUGCACAUGUAUAUAAUACAUAUUUUCAUUUUUUGGAAAGACAUCUGAGUAUGUCUCUUUGUAUAUUUAUUUGCAUACAUACUCAUGUCAUCAAGGAAGGAUUUUGAUCAAUUGCAAGAUGGAAAACACGGUUGAUUGUUUCUAAACAAACUUACUAUAAAAAAAAAUCAACAACAUGAUUAUGAUAGUGUCUUUUUUAUUUGGGGGGGGGGGGUAUUUACAUGUUUUAUUGGUCACUGCAAGGUACAUUCAUUUCAAUACAGUUGAACAAAUACAGAUGAUACAUUAUAAGAAAUAUACAUAACAGUUACAAAAUAUAAAUAUACAUAACAGUUACAAAACAUAAGUGGAUAACCACUGUAUCAUGUCUCGCCACCUGUGUCCGUGGACACUCAUUUGUUAAUAUCGAUUUAUACUACUAUCUUUUAAUUCUAUGUACACAGAAAUGGUGGUGUAACUGCUGGUGUCUUUAAUAAGAUGAAGCUUUUAUUACACAAUACAUGUCAGAGUAAAACAAUGGUAAUCCACCAAAAGAGAAUAACUUGUGAGCUCUUAUCAUUAAUUUACUGUUUUUAAAAACCUCAGUAGAGGAAUUAUUAAUUAUUUCCCAUAAUCAUUUCAAGUUAUACAUGGUCCUCUGUGUUUUUCAAAAGUGCACUCAUGUAUUUGAGAGUUAGUUUAAGAGAAAUAGACUUCUAAAUUAUUAAAGAGCAGUUGUUGUUUUUAUGCAGAUAUUGAUUAAAUACAAUGAUUAGCAUACCAGUUGUUCAAAUAUAUUUAGAAGUAUUAUUUCUAGGAAAGUGAGGAGUUGUAGAGAAACAACAGAAUGAGAAUGGCAUUCUCCAAUUAUUUCAUUUUUGUACAUAUUUUUCAUGAAAAGCGUUGACCAGUGCCUAAAAAAGAAAUCUUGUGUUUUUUCUAAUUGUCUAAGAGAAUACAAAAUCUAGAUUAAAGAGAAAACAAUUAAGAAGUGGAGAGAUAUAUUGAAAUGCAGAAAGUACUAGAACGACAGAAAAUAUCUACUUUUAUACCUUAUCAGUGAGCAGAGUAUUAACAAAAAAAUCAUCAAUGUUUUUGUAGGAAUUUAAAUGGAAAAAGUUGGAGUUAUUUUUUCAUACUGUAUUUCAAGAUUUGUACAGAUGUAGUGUAUGGGAUGCUGAAGAUAUUGCUUUAUGUUUCUCUCUGUCUUAAUUUUUUUUUACUACAUAUCAAAAGAUUGAUGUACAUUGUAUGUCUAGGUGGCUCACCAAAUUGAUAAAGAUAGUGAAGUGUAUCAGUAUUCAUAUCAUAAAGUUUGUACACACAUUUUAAUUCUUGUACAGAAACUUUCAUUUUCACAUAAAUUGGAAAAAAAAUUGAAGUGUUGCACAUAUAGCUGUUUGUUCCAAUUAAGUAAAAAUAACAGUGUUUAAAAGUGAAAUUAAAUUUUGUUAUCUCACCUUGGUAUUCAGAGUUAGGGCUGUGUAUCUGCAAUUCGGACGAGGGGAUAUAACUAAGAAUUUUAAAAGCGUAAUAUGAUCUUGCCCCCAAAUCAGUAAAUCCAGCCCCUACAAAGGAAAUGAUUAAGUAACUUUUUUUCUUUACUUUGCUAUCCACUUUCAUAGAGAUUUUUAUGAAGUUAAUAUUACUGUUUGUUUAAAUUUUUGAAUUAAAUUGUAAUGUUUGUCAAUUCCCUUAGUAUUUUGUUAUGUUAUAGUGUAAAUGAUGCCCAAAACUUAUAUAAGGAGGGGACCUAUUCCGCAGAUAUCUAUAGAACUCUCCUGCUCAAGUGAAAAUUUAUUGUACAAAAUCAUCACAGCUGAUGUCCCUCUUUUCCCUCCUUUUGUCUCUAAUAUAAUCACAUUGUAUAUUUACAUUCUUUUAUUUUUAACAAGAGUUGUACUUACAUUAUUCAAAGGUGGAUUUUUAAUGCUUUGCUUAACUUGAUUUGGAGAAUUUGUAAAUAGCAAAAAGCAGAAUACAACAGUUUUACUUUGUGAAAAAAAAUGUGUUAAAAUAGCAAACAUUUUUAUUUUGCUAUACGUGUCUUUGUUAGCAUGAAUUUGACCUUUGAGGGAAGGGUACAUUUCUCAAAGAAUAUAUAAAAUUGAAUAGUAAUUGACACAGGACAUUUUUUUGAAAUGUCCUUUUUAUCACAAAUUUUAUCUCUUUAUCAAAUAUUUGCACUUGUGGAUUCUAACACUAAAAUAGGUACUUUUUGUUAUUGUAAUCCAGUUGGUCACAUCUGCUUAACUCACGUAUGUGUAAUUUAAAUUAUCCUUUUCACUUUCAGUUAUUUCAGAAUUCUCUCUUUUAGCAGCAUCUUGUUCUAAGCAUUGUGAAAUUACAGUCAGCAAGGCAGUCCUCAGCUGGUUGCUAAUUUCUGAACCAUAAAGAGAUAACCACUGUCUCUUCAAAUUAUCAGAACCCUUUCAAAUAAAAAACUAACAAUAGUUUGUGUUUUUUUUUAUUGCUGCAGGUGUUGUGGGAAUUUUCUCUGUCACUUGAAUUCUAUCUCCUAAUUAUUUGAAUGAAUUAAAAUAAUGCUAGUUGUUUGAGUGAGUUGUCAAUUGGAUGAAGUGAAGCUGCAGAUCUUAAGAUCGCUAAGUGUUUUCUUAUGAAAAAGUGCUGCAAAGUUAUUCAUUGGUACUGGGCAGUUUUUAUGACAUACAUUGGCUAUAUCCUAAUUGGCUAAAUGAAGCCAGAAACAAAGAUUUAACCAAAUAUCAGGUACAAAUCCAUAUAUUCUUCCUUGAUAUGAUAUGUUGAAAUUUAAAUCUAGAGAAAUCUUACUUGCAAUUGAAUAUCAGGAUUUUAUAUUUCAAUUCACUUUCAGUUAUUUUUGAUAAUUUUCAUUUUUCCUGAAGCUUGGAUAUUGUUAUCUAAUGAUGUCACUUGUUAAUAUUUAAUUAUCAUAUUAUAAGUUAUAAAAAUUAAGAACAGGGCUCGGUAACACGAAGAUUAGCGAUCAAUUGCUAAAUGAACUGACCAAUCGAUAACAAUGUUACUCGUGCAUUUGGUUUAAAAUACUGACCAGGGACCAAUCAGUGCGGUUCUUUCAUAUUUGCAAUCCAUCGCAAACCUAUGUGUUAUGUAGCCCUGGAUACAUUGAUUUGAAAAAGAAUGUUAGCACCUUCCCUAGCCAUUAGACUCAUUAUCACUGCUUUGAACAGCCCAAGAAGUGAUUAUCAUGUUACUUUUGAUUUAAAGAUUCAAAUUUUACCAUAGGGCAUUUCCAUAAAAUAUGUACGUCUGACCCCCUAUAUUUGGGACCUUCAUGAAAUUUUCUGUCGCUGAAUUUCAGUUCUUUUGACAGUCUGUAAUGCUGUCAAAUGACCAUGGCUUUGCCAGUAUAAUAAGUGAAGUAAGACUUUAGAAAAAUGGGUGUCGGCUGUACAAAAAGGUUGAUCAUUUUAUGGAAUUGCCCCAUACUUAAUACAUAUCUUGACUCUAUUAUUGCUCUAAAAAUUUCAUUAUGGAGGGACAUAUUAUAUAUGAUUAAUCAUGAUUUUUUUCUUCAAAUGUGUACUUGAAAGGAAUAAUAUAGCAUAUAAGAAGUCCUAAGGCUUAAUCAACCUUCAUAGAAUUCUCUGGUGAAUAGCUUGGUUCCAACAUUUAUUUUGAAUGAUAUAAUUAAACCCCAAAUAAUUGUUUUGUAUAAAGGCAUACAAAACUUUAAUAAAGCCUUUCCACUUGACAAUGACAUUGAUUUCUUAGUUAAUGUAAAAGCAUCGCAAGUUUCUAUGUUUCGGGGCAGAUGUUGCUUUUCUCAUUAAAUCACAGUGGUUUUGUACAUAGCAA